CUGACGGAUCAACGCAUUCCAACGAAAGCGUGUGAAUGCUCUGUCACACAGUGCACUUAAAUGGAAGAUCACACAGUGAAAUAGUGAACACACGAGUAUCAUACAUUUUAAGCACACAGCAAUCAAAAGGCACGGCACACAAUAUACAUAGCAAGCUGGUAACACACUUAACUACCCACUUAGUCCCAAUAGGCUGACAGUAGCACCUAAAUGUAGAAUUGGCAUAAAAUCACACUGGGUGGUUCCUACAAGUUAUGGCAAGGUUGACAUGCAUGGAUGCAUGUCAGGAUAUGUACUGCCAAAAUCCAUGUGUAAGAAACAACAACAGAGACAUGUAGCAUCACUGCUGCUUAGUUAUAGUGAAAGAACAUUAUUUUGAAGUGGGUUGUGUAUUUGCAAACACAUGAUUUAUUGAAUUAUUCAUUUGGAGUGCUUAAGCUGCCAAAAACUCAAGCAAUGCAAAGCAACUCAGAGAAUUACGUACAUUAUGGUAUAUUUUAAGUAUAUCCUCGGAUCUAGCUGUAGAAUUUGUUGUGAGUUGUGAAAAAUGAACUUAAGAAUGUUUUUGAUUAUUAAGACUGGUAAAAGUCUGCAGUAGAAUGACGAAUCCUUGGCGGUGGUAAUAAGAUGGUAUUCCCACAAGAAUAACAAGUUCUUAGGGGGGCACGGUGGCGCAAGCCGAUAAAGCCCCCCACUUACGGGCUACAUUGCCCGAGGGGACACAGGUUCAAGUCAGGCCUGAUGUCAUUUCCCAAUCCUCUCUUCUCCGCCUCGCUUCCUGUCAUAACUUCACUGUCCUAUCCAAAUAAAGGCAUAAAAAGCCCAAAAAUAAAUCUUAAAAAAAAAAGUGGGUGUGAGCAUGUUCGCACAGAGGCCACACAAUGAACAUGUGCAACAUGAACCACCCUGCCUGAACUUGUACCUGACCGAAGCAGUCGCUGAUAGUCUCACGUCUGGGACCUCUCUUCUUCAGUCGACACCAUCUGCUUUGUGACAGGUAACUUAACCUUAGUUGUCAUAGAGAAAAUAUUUGAACUGCGUGUUACUUGUGCAGCAGCUUCUCAUCUGUUCAUAUGCUUGUAACAGGUUUUAUAAGUAGAUAAUACAAGACAAGGAAUUCAUUAUCACUUAUUAUCAUUAUUUAGUAAAGGUAAGUUAUUGCAGAUAUGGAUUACGUUACCUUCUAUAUAUCAUCCUUGCCGUUUUUACUGCUUUGACUUAAUUGUUUGUUUUUUGUUAGUUUCACUUAAGGCUGCCACUUUCCCAUCUGCCAGAAUGCCUCCUCCUGGUGUGUGUCUGAAUAUUAUGAAUGAACGCAAUAAGAAAAAUGGCAGAGGAUCUCCCACCAACCCUGACAAGUUCUUGGAUCAAGACUUUGAACAGCUGCAGAAAUACUGCACCAUUAAUCGCAAGAGGUACAUCGAUGACAUGUUUCCACCAGAUCGUAGGUCCAUUGGCAACGGAGUACUGCAGCCUGAUGAGCUGGCCAGAGUUGUGUGGCAAAGACCACGGAAACUGGUGGAAAACCCUUGUUUCAUUUUGGACGGUUUAUCAAGGUUUGACUUUGGACAAGGAGCGGUUGGAAACUGUUGGUUCCUGGCUUCUAUUGGAGCGCUGACCUUUCAGAAGCACAUUAUGGAGCAGAUCAUCCCUAUGGAUCAGUCUUUUCAGGAGGGGGAGGGCUAUGUAGGCUUAUUUCACUUCAGGUUCUGGAGAUUUGGGAAGUGGGUAGAUGUGGUGAUUGACGACAAGCUUCCAUUAAUUGAUGGGAGGCUGGUAUUUGUGCGCUCGAAAACCCCCAAUGAAUUUUGGGCUGCACUGAUGGAGAAGGCCUAUGCCAAGGUAUGUGGCUCCUAUGCUGACAUGAAUGCUGGCACUGUGUCAGAGGCCCUGAUGGACUUCACAGGGGGGAUCCACAGGACAUUCAAGCUGGAUGAAGCCCCCCCUGACCUGUGGGACAUCAUUUUGAGGGCUGCCCAGUCCAAAUCCCUCAUGGGCUGUGGCACUCCUCAAGGGGCAACAUCUGCCAACACUGUUUUACCAAACGGGAUUGUGCAGGGCCAUGCCUACACCAUCACAGGAGUAACUAAGCUAAUGACCAACAAUCAGUCUGUGAAACUGUUGAGAUUGUUCAACCCCCAUGGACAUGGAGAGUGGAAUGGUAAUUGGAGUGAUAAAUCAAACAGUUGGCAAUCUGUGAGCCCAGAGGACAGAACAAAGUGCCUCUCAAUUCGUGAUGAUGGCGAGUUCUGGAUGUCAAUGGAAGAUUUCUGUAGCAGCUAUGCUGAUAUGGAUAUCUGCUGUUUGAGCCCUGAUUUCCUCGAUGGGUCCUCUGAGUGCCACUGGACCUCCAAAUUCCACGACGGCCGAUGGGUCGCUGGAACCACUGCUGGCGGCUGCAUGAAUUACAGAGAGAGUUUCUGGACAAAUCCUCAGUAUCACAUCAAACUGGAUGCCGUGGAUGAUGAGUGCGCUUCAGAGCAGGGACCAAACAACAUGCUGGUGUCUCUCAUGCAGAAGCCUGACAAGAGGAACAGGCAGCUGGUUUCCAACCUUCACAUUGGCUUCUCAGUUUUCAGCGUGCCUCCUGAGUACAAAGGGAAACGAGGGAAGUUACCUGCAGAGUUCUUCAUGAGGAACCCUGUGGCUUCAACCAAAAACCACAUGGAUGCUCGAGAAGUCAUGGAGUUCUUCAGACUGGUCCCGGGCGAGUACAUCAUUGUCCCCUCUACUUUCAACCCCAAUGAGACGGCUUCCUUCAUCCUGACCAUACUCUCCAAAUCAGACAGCCACCUUGAGGAAAGUUCCUCUCAUCAUGUGGAGAUUACUAAGCCCACUCCAGCUGAAAACGGAGGUGAUACUGACUCCAAAGCAACCUUGUUCCGACAGUACUCGGAUCAGAAUCCCAAUCUUGCUUCUUUCUCUGCUCUUGCAGGCAAGUCACCGGGCUUUGGCCUAGAUACCUGCCGCAGUAUGGUUGCCUUGAUGGAUCUCACGGUCACAGGCCGUCUGGAUGGCCGUGAGUUCCUUCGACUGUGGGACCGAGUCGUCUCCUACAAAGAUCUUUUUAAUCGUGCUGAUAUGACAAAAAAUGGUGUCCUCUCUCUGGGUGAACUGCAGAAUGCUAUGAUUGCCACAGGUAUACAGAUGAGCGAUGGCAUGCUAAACAUCAUGGCUCUCCGCUACGGUGGCUCAACGGGAAGCCUGACCCUGGAGACCUUUGUGUCACUCAUCCUGCGCUUGGACUGCAUGUCCAAGAUAUUCAAAAAAAUGUCCGAUGGGGUCGGCAUUUACCUUCAAGAGAGUGAGUGGCUGUAUCUAAGUAUGUAUUCCUGAAUGGGGAGCCAAUGUCAUGGACUAACUGGUGGGAUAAAGCAUUUUGAAGAGCGAUGCAUAUACAAAUUGAAAUUCACUUUUUUAUUUUGUGCUAAAAUGCUACUGGUCUGUCUAAAUAUACAACAUGUAUUUACACACUCUCUGGGUUAGUAUGUGUUUAUAUCUGUGUGUGCUUUUAGUUAGUAUGGCCAACUGUAUAGGAACAGUGCAUACACUGGAUUAGACUGAGGCAUAAUGUAGAGCUGCAGCACAUCAACACAUACAUGUUUUUGCUCUUUUCUGCAUUCAGUAACAAUCUUUUUAGAAUGACUUAGAAUGUCUCCAUUUGUUAUGUUACUCUUUUAUUAACAUUUAUUUUCAUUCUGUAGAAAUCACGUAUUCUUUGAACACUUGUUUCUUUCUCUGGCACAACUAGUCUUAAGUGUAACAGUAGUUUGGCCUUAAUUGUAUUUCCUUUAAGGGAGUGGGCAUUACCAUAGGUCAUGCAUAGGAUUUCUGAAAAUACUUUACAAAGGCAUAUUGUGGAGAAUGAAAGUAAUCCAUUCUAUCAUGAUUGUCUCUCUAAUAAUUGAAUGAUACUAGAUAGUUUUUGUAUUAUUUGUUGUAUCACUUUGCCUCAAAUAGUACUUGUUAUAGUAUUGUCAUGUUGUCAUUGUACAAUUCUUCUGUGAACAGCUUUCUGAUAUACUCUUGUAGGACUUCUAGCGAUCACCAGUUGUCCUACUUUGUACACGCAAUAUGAUGAAUGACUUCAACUACUGUACACCUGUAAAAAUGUUUUAAUAAAAGAUAACCUUGACUGUC